AUGGCGCGUCCUCUUCUUUUGAGCACCGCUACGCUGAGGGAGGCAGGCUGGGGUGUUCAAGGAUUUGUUAACCCCUGGUGCCAUGCAGCCCUCGACACGGCGAUCACAUCUUGGCUUCGGGAGCAUGAGAACUCGCGCUCUCGAUAUUUUAGAGGUUUUUGCCAGUAUGUCCUGGAAGGACCGCUCCUUAGUUUAGAUCCCAUCGAUCGGGGUCCGUCAGAUCCCCCGAGCAGCUGCACCUCGCGACACAGUUUCUCUGGUUCACCUAUUCCGGACUAUAGUCCGCACUAUAAAAGACACUUUUUCAGUUUAUAUUCAAAAGCAGCAAGUGAAAGAAGAAAAUUCCGAAAUCUAAAAGCAGUAACAACUUUAUCAACAACGUUCGCUGAGCUUGUAGGUUUACCAAUAAUAAGUCCGGAAAUCAACGGAGUUUGUGGUACAGCGGGUCCGAAUUUUGAUUACACCUGCACAUAUUUCAGCGGGAUAGAAAUGAAGUGCUUUGGAGAUUGUACAGGAUUCACAGUAAAGCGUAUAAAAGUAAAGGGACAGUUUAUAAAAUGCGACUAUCAAUCAGAGGCCAGAUUUUGCCCAGGUCACUAGUGGAUCAUUGCUACAAAAAACAUCUGUUAAACGUGCAGUUAGAAUGUAAAUGCGUCAAGUUGUAUUUGAAGCGUAUAAUAUUAAUAUGUUUUGAGUUUUAAUUACAAUUUUUAUUUCACAGUAUUGUUUUUUUAAUAAUCGUCUUUUAUGAAAAUUUUGGAUGAAUAAAUAAUUUCAAUAUCUC